AUUUAUCUGAAUUUAAUUUCAAUGUGCAAUGUAUCAGUUAUCUUCUAUACCUUUUAUUGCUCAUUCUUGAAACAAAAACUACUUUGCUGGCAGGAGAUAUAAGCGGUCUAGUUUGGGAUAAAAUGAGUUAUGAAUUUAUUUUUAUAAAAUUAAUUCAAAACUAUUUUAGGAAACAAAUAUGGAAAAAAUAAAAAAAAAUGUUAUCUGACUGUAUCUAACUGGAUACAAAGGUUUGGAAGUGUCACCUCUAAUUGUGACGUCAAAAACUGGAUUUGUGCGUCAGCUAUUUGUUAAAGAGAAAGUUAGACUUUGGAUCCAAAAUUGUGUAAAUUUUUGUAAUUUCGAAAUAUUUAAUACGAAUUUAAAUUUCAAAAUCUUUGAACCUUAAUAAAUCUGCAAUUUGCUGAUAUUUUACAAUUAAAAAAUUUGAUAUAUUAAAAACUUUUUAAUAAAGAUAUCUACAAGAGGAAAAUUCCAUUUUGGAAAAUGACUGAAGAACAAUCACCGUUAUUAGAAUUUUAUGCUAAUAAAAAUAUUUUUAUUACUGGGGCAACUGGUUUCGUAGGAGUAUGUUUGAUAGAAAAAAUACUUCGAGAUAUUCCAAAUAUUGGAAAAUUGUAUGUUUUAUUACGACCAAAAAAAGGUAAAACUAUUGAGGAACGUUUGGAAGAAUUAAAAAAAAAUUCAGUUUUCAACACAUAUUUGGAAUCAAACUCAACAGAUGUUUUUAAAAAACUCGUACCUAUACGUGGAGAUGUUGGCUCUGAUGAUCUUGGAAUAUCGAGUACUGAUAUUGAAAUUUUGGCAGAUAAUGUGAAUAUUGUUUUUCACUCAGCUGCAACAUUAGACUUUUUUCAAUCAUUGAAGGAGACUACUAAUAUUAAUUUAUUAGGUACACGAAGAGUUAUGAAGUUAUGUAAGCAAAUGAAAAACUUAUUGGCUGUUGUACAUGUUUCAUCAGCUUAUGUAAAUUCAUUUUUGUUGGAAACCAAAGAAAUAUUAUACCCAAGACCAGAUGAUCCUGAAAAGAUUAUUAGUUUAAGUCAGUCAUUAAAAGAUGAAGCAUUAAAGGUAUUAGAACCAACUUUUCUAAAAGAUCACCCAAAUACAUACACUUUUACUAAACAUUUGGCGGAACAUGAAGUAAAUGAAUGUUCUAAAUUAUUUCCAUGUGCAAUUGUAAGACCAAGCAUGAUAACAGCAGCUUGGAAAGAACCUUGUCCUGGGUGGACAAUUUCAAAAAAUGGUCCACAAGGAUUCUUUAUGGGUGCAUCAAAAGGUGUUAUUCGACGAUUACCUUUAGAUCCAAAAGUGAUUAUGGAUUACAUUCCAGUAGAUAUAGUUGUUAAUCAAAUUUUGGUAGCAGGUUAUUAUGUUUGGCAAGAAAAACAAGCAAAUCCUGAUAAAGAAUUAGAGUUAAAAAUAUUCCAUUUAACUUCAAGUACAUACAAACCAUUCCGUUUUGAAACAUUAACUGAUAAAAUGAAUUCAUAUAUGCACAAAUAUCCAUUAAAAUCAGCUGCAUGGUAUCCACAUAUAAAAUUUGUUAGAAGUUUAUUUUUAUUUAAAGUAAGUGCCAUACUGUUUCACUUUUUACCUGGAUAUGUUUUGGAUUUCAUAACAAGAUUAAUUGGAGGCAGACCAAUAUUAAUAAAACUUCAUACAAAUGUAUGGAAUUCACUUAAAACUUUGGAACGUUUCAUUUUUACUGAAUGGCAUUUUGAUAAUACACAAACUUUGAAGUUGGCAAAAACAUUAAAACCAUUUGAUAAACAACAUUUCAAUAUUGAUAUUGGUGAAUUAAAAUGGGAAGAAUAUUUUCUAAAUCUUCAUUUGGGAGUACGUCAAUAUUUAAAUAAUGAAUCACCAAAAAAUAUGGAAGCUGCAAGAAAGAAAAAUAAUAUUUUACUUGCUUUUCAUGUUGCUAUACAACUUUUAUUUUAUUAUUUAAUUUGGUGCUCAUUUGGUUGGAUAUUUGGAAUUUCAAAUGCUAAAGCAGCAUUAUUAUUACCAAUUUUCUAUUAUUUAUUUAGUCAGUUAUAAUAAUGGAAAUAUGAAAUCAGCUAUGAUAUUGUUUUUUUUUUGUUAUUUCUCGAAAAAGAAAGAAUUAAUAUGGGCCCUAAUAUUAAAAUUUGGGAAACAAAAUUAUAAUCUCAUUAUUUGAAUAAAAUUUUAAUACGUAUUGUAAAUGGUGAUAGAAAUUACUGAUAAUAAAUAAAUAAUUAGUUCUUGAUUUAUUAAUACAUAAUAUAAUAUCUUUUAUGAUUUAAUAAAAAGUUGUAAUUGAUCAAUAGCCACCAAUUCAAAUAAGAAAGAAAAGAAAAAGGGAAAUAAUAUUUUAAGCAUUUAAAAAACAGGAGAUUAAAUGUACAUGAACAUUUUUUAUUUUGUAUUUAUAUACAUUUUUUAACUAUUUUGUUUGUUUUUGUCCUUAACUUAACCUAAUUUUCUUUUCAUUACAUUCAACAAUUAGGUAACACAGCAUAUAAAAUACUAAGCUUAAGAAUAUUGUUUCCUUUUUUUUUCAAAUAUAAAUACAUAUUAAAUUUUAUAUUAUAUUGGUUAAAUUUUAAAAAUUUCGUAAUAAAUAAGAAAAUACAUAUUUAGUUAUUUCAGUAUAUAUAUAUAGAUAUAUAAUAUGUAGGUGAAAAAAAAAUGUUUAUUUUGUAGAGGUUUAUCAGGAACAAAAAAAAAAAAAGAAAUCAUUUUUUAUAAUUAAACACACAAUAUAAUUUUCUAUUUGCAUCAUACUCAGUUUAAUAUUUUGUAAAUCAAUUAGUAUUAUUUAUUUAUAUAUAUACAAAUAUAUAUUAACAUAAAUAUAUACUCUGAACAAAAAUUCCGUACCUAAUAAGUUUCUUAAUCAAAAAAACAUUAAAAAACAUUGGCAUUAUAAUUUAUAACUUAGUUAAUAAUUAAUAAUUACAUACAAAAUAAUUUCAUGUUAAAAAAAUCAUUUUUAUAAAAUUGUACAAAAACUUUAAAUUUCUUUUCAAUAUUAAAGAUAUAAAUUAAUAAAAAUUGAAAUUUUACAAAAAAAAAAAAUUUAAGAAUUUACUAACUAAAGUAUUGAAUUCUAAUUAUUAAUUAAAUAAUUGUUUAUUGGCAUAUUUUGGCUAUUUUUUAAUUUGGUAUUUUUGUUUUACUAUUUUGUUUUGUAUUUUUUUUUCUUUGAAAUCAUUUGAAAUUAAAAUUUACAUUUUUUGUUAAAUUAAACCAAAUGUAUGUACUUAUUUUUGUUUUAAAACUUCAAAUAUAUGCAUUAAAAUAAAAAGAAAAAGUCCAAAACCUUUUAUUUUGUUUUUAGGUUUAAUAAAGGUAUGUACAGUAUAUUGUGCGUUUAUUAUCGUCCAUAUUUUUCAUUCCAGUACAAAUUUAUUUUUAAUUAUUCCAAUAAAUAAAAAAAAAAAUUGUAUUUUUUAUAUUUUUAUAUUUAACAGUAAAAAUUAACAUUUUCUCUAUUAUAUUUCUUAUUUAUAGGAAUUUUAAUAA